CUGAUCUGUUCCCUGCAGGAUUUGCAGCAUUGUCUUUGACAGGUUGAUCACACGUGGAUCGCGGGCCGAGCGUUGAUUGGCCGACGGAUGGCACCGCCACGCUGGACCUAACUUUUCUUCCGGCCCGACCUCCUGUCAUCCAUACACAUCACGAUGCUCGGCGCGAUUCUAUUGACUCCUUGAUGUCGCCAGUCCCGUUCGGUCCAUAAUUUAUACGGCAUUCCGCGGUCAUGGAGCCCGGAAUGGUGCCUGCCAUGGCACCCCUGACCCCUGACCUCCAGGAAAAACCCCAGCCGGCGGCCAGCCGGCUCCGCUUCUUCACCUCCCAGCUGGCCACCGCCAUCGAUGCAACCAGCAUCGAUGAUCUCUGCGCCGUCUAUCAUCCAUUUGAGCUGCUCCUGGAAACAGGAAACCACAGUGGCCUGUGGUGGCUCGAUAUGACGGCGCCGACGGAGGAGGAUAUCGAAACCAUUGCGCGCUUCUUCAGCCUGCAUCCGCUGACCACGGAGGAUAUCAAAGUCCGCGAAACGCGAGAGAAGAUUGAGCUGUUUGGUCAAUACUACUUUCUCUCUCUGCGACCGCCGCGUCGUCUUGAAACUGAUGAGGGUGUGCGUAUUGUCUCACACAAUCUCUACGCCGUCGUCUUCCAAGGGGGUGUGAUCAGUUUCAGCUUUGAUCCCACUCUGCAUGCCGACCACGUUCGACAGCGUAUCCGAGAGCACAGCAGUCAUCUGUCACUGACCAGCGAUUGGAUCUGCUAUGCAUUAAUCGACGACAUCGUCGACGGCUUUGCCCCGUUCAUCGACCGGGUCGAAACCGGCGUGGAAAUGGUGGAAGACUCGGUGUCCAUUACCCGUCCGGAUGAGAUGGGAUUGGCUCUGCAGCGCAUUUUCAAACUGCGCAAGGAGGUGAUGCACAUUCGUCAGCCCCUGCACGACAAGAUUGACGUUAUCCGCUCGUUCGCGCGGCACUGCGCGUCGGAUGCUCCGUCAUCGCAGGUGGCCCUCUAUCUCAGCGAUAUUUGCGACCACAUCGUCACGAUGAUUGCGAAUCUGGAGCAGGCCGAGCAAAUGCUCUCACGAUUGCAGUCCAAGUUUCUCACCCAGGUGCACUUUGAUUCCGGCCGCAUGCGCAAUGGCAUUGCCUCGGCCCUGAACAAGCUGACGAUCCUGGCGUCGAUCCUCGUGCCGAUGCAGUUCAUCACGGGGUUCUUUGGGAUGAAUGUCAAGGUGCCGGGGAAGGGGGAGCAUACGUUGAACUGGUGGUUUGGCAUUCUGGGGACUAUUUUGGGGCUGACGGUGUUGUUUGCGUGGGCGGCGAAGCGGGCGGGAUUGCUGGAUCGAUGAGAUAUCACUUAGUCAUUGCUAUAUAUCACAUUUAUCUUCAUUUUUUC